UUUUCAGCUCAACUGAGAGUAGAUGCAGCAGCUCCUGUUUAUAUACCAACUGCCCCUCGGGCAGAACCUCUCACAGCGGCUGAAGAUAUUGAUUCAGACGCCACAUUACCCACCGUGACAGUCAGAGGGUUCCUCAACUUCAGGACGACAGUCGAUGGAACAGUUAUAGUCUUCACUCCCGCAUCAGAGGCACCUCAGGAUCCCACCCCUGCAUCCAUCGCCUCUCAAGCGUCCAGCGCUGCCCCUGCGUCAUCCAUUAGCCCCAGAAACGAUGAAAUCCAACAUCUCACGUAUACCAACAAUGAUCGUGAGAGCCAGAAGAGGACGGAAUUGGAAAAUGAAGCACACACGCCUGAGGACGACAGGCAAAAUUUUAGGCAAAGGCAUCUGAAGCCAGGUUUUAGUGAAUUGGGUACCACUCCUCACUCUCCAAGGAAUGAUGAACCGGAGCAGAAUCUACAGAAACCCGGAUCCACACCUGCACUGCCUCAGUACCCCACAGGCCUGGUCACAGUUCUGGGUGGGACACACGUCAAAGAUGGAGCUACAACCGUCUUCGAAACCAAAGUCAUCGGAACUUACAUCGAAGGAAAGUACGCUCAAAUUUUGCAAAGUACAUCCCAGAUCAUCUUCCCUGCAAAGCCUGAAGAUCUAUCUACUCCGAAACCCAGUCCAACAAAGCCCAUCUUUCAAAAAUCGGCAACUGUAGCUGUUACAAGUAGUCGUCCUGUUCCAAGCAAGCCAAAUAAAAUCCUUGGAGAACAGCAGUCAAGUAGAUAUAGGCCCACUGUUGGAGGAGUUACAAAGGAAUACAAAUCUACGACACCUGACAGUAAGCAAGCCGAAAGACGAACGGACGAGCCAUUGAAUGCCAACACAGUCCUCCAAUCAUCUUUCAAACUCCCAGACGGUCUUCCUAAUCGACAAUCCAUCCGGCCAACUCAGUCUCUGGAAAAGACUCUUUCGCGGUCAUCGUACACACUUUCUAGACGCUUCAGACCAACUCUUGCUACAGAUGUUCCUCCCGAAGACGAGAACACGGUACCAGAAUCUCAAAAUACGAGACGACUGCCACCUAGAUUCCGUUAUGUGCUGCCUAGAAGGAAUACACCUACUGUUAGACUCAAUAGAUUCAAAGUAAAGUUGACCGUCCGAAAUGAUGGCAGUGGUGUAAGUGACUUAGUAACUCCGCAAGACAACACAUUCGAUGCUGAAGAUGAUCUCGGAGAGGAAUACGAUCCCUUACACUCUGUUGAUCCCGCCCGAGUAGUUUAUGAGAAAACUACAAUUACGAGUGAAGUAACUCUGCAUGUGGGAAGAAGGAAAUCCGUUCGAACUCUGACCAUCACAACUAGCGUUCCAAAGACAAGACAUUCGUACCCGUCUGAUGGCAUCAAUGAUGCACAUGACAUCUCUCCUGCUAACAAUAAUGCUAUAUUUGCGACUUUGAGUCCUCUAGACGAAGAUGCCACUCCUCAAGUGGUUGUGACAAGGACCUAUACGACAACAGAACGUAUGCUUAAAACAUCGGUUGUACCAGUUCUGGAAAAUGAUACAACUUCAUAUCAUACUGUAACGGAAAGCUUCUUCAUAUUGAAGCUCAUAACUGGAUAUAAAACAUUGCCAGCAGCAGAUAUGACCAUGCUUCAUAAUGAAACACAAGAUGCAGAAUUCGACGAAUCUAAUGAUCAACUCAGUGGUUUGCUUGAUGGAGCAAUACAACUUCAUCCGUCUCCUAGGCAGCAAAUUAUACAGACACCUAUACCCAAUGGGCUGUUGCAGGCGUCUGGAAGUGGAAGAGAACAAGCAGUUGUACCAUACGACCAUACAGGUGGCAAUUCAAAUGAUUUGUCUAAUUCUCUUCUGUCUUUGGGCGCAGCAUUACAGCAGAAUCCUUUAGCAGCUGUGUACCUUGGAUUGCAGCAACUUAAUAGACAUGCCACUCUUUAUUCGACAAUUACCAAAACGUCAACGUACAUUCACACCGAUACCAUUUAUAGCACCAAAGUAGUAAGCUUUUAUGAUGGUCGCCGAACUAGAACUCGAACCCUGUCUGAAUCUGUGUCCACAACAGAGAAGACUAUGACUUCGUUAACUACCACUGUGGAGCCUUACUUGAAUACUCAACUAUUCCAGCAACAGAAUCAUUUUCAGCAACUUUUGGGAGGCACACAACUUGGAACGGGAACAGGUCCACAGUUACUAGCCCCUCCGCCUCAAUACAGUACCAUAACAUCCACCUACACAACCGUAACAACAGCUACCAGCCUCAGCACCCGAAUUUAUACUCUGAUAUACAAUGCAAUUAGUACUAAGUUUCGAACGGUCACCAGUACUUCUUUAUAUGAAACAACAAUAACAGCUACAACAACGAGUCAAGUUCCAAUUACAAUUACAGCUCCCCCUGGCGGAGUUUUUCCAUUUCUUGGCUGAGAUUUCUUGCACAAGCGUCUGACACAUAUCAGUUUCAAAACAUACCUCAGGAAACGGUAUGAAUAUUGUCGGAGAAAACUUAUGCUCUGUUAUUUAAGAACGAAAAUACUUUUUUUUUAAUUUAGAGAUCCGUUUUGCGAACAAAUUAGUUAGAUUAGCCUAGGUUUGAAAAAAUGAAUGUGAAGUAAAAUAAGUAUGAAAGAGGAAUGUGAUUUACCAUCUCGAACAGAAAUCUCAUUUAUACAUUUUCAUUGUGAAAAUCAUUGCUCAAAUAUGGUUGGCUACUAAUAUGAGUAGUGUGUAUAGUUUAUCAUAUUUAACGUGCUCAUACUCACUCAUUUCUUCUUUUAAACUAACUCAUCUGUAAAUGGGAAGUGCCUUCAUCUUAUAACAUUUUUAGAGUAUAACGAAACAAAAAUAACUUUUGAAAAGUCUCUUUGUUGUGGCAUCUUUCAUCUACAGGGAAAUAUCUUGUCACCUUAUGUUCCUGCUCUAGGGACGUCAUACGUGAAAGUUUUGUUCGAGAUGCUGUACAUUUUUACUAUGUUUCUGAUUCGCAAAUUGAAGAAAAUGCAUUAGCAUAGCUUUGCUAAGUUUAAUGGAAUGAAACACAGAGGUGCAAUAUGAACAAUACUGAUUCUUUCUUAGGUGUGUGAAUUGAAGUUUAAUUAAAAGUUCCGUUAGUCAAAGGGAAUGACUGUGUACCUUUGGACUUAUUUAAGUAAAUAACAGCUGUGCUGAUAUACUGGAGCUUUUAUGUUAACUGUUCGUUGGAUUCAUAACAUUGACUUUGUAAAGCGUGUGUAAAAGUUCAAUGUGUGUUGUAAUGAUGUAAAUUGAAAGAAUUUUGUUCACAACUUAGGAGUGCUGUGAAAAGAGGGAUUACUAAAAGAACUUCGAAGCUUACUUUAAAAACCUCCAAAUAUUGUAUAUAUGUUUUUGUUUACGAACUUAUAAAUAAAAUGUAAUGUUUUUUAAAUGAA